UGAGAACAAACGUAGCUAUGGUUACCGUACACAAACCGUCGGUAAAUGCUUGGUGUUGUCUAGGGAGAGAGCGAGUGUUUUUACCGGCCAUUCAAUCCCUUUUAGACGGAGUAUUUUGAGCUGGCGUACUGCUUGUGAGCUACAUCAUCCUCCCCAAGCUUUACUGUGAAUUCUAGAUAUUUUGAACGAGUUCUAAACCGCAGGAAACAUGUCGACAGGAGCGUUGCUACUCUCUCGUGAGCGGGACCCGCCCAAGCCCGUAGCCGAUUAUUUCAAGACCCAGACGACCCACGCGGAUGAGAUCGCGGCCCAGGCCCAGGCCUCGGCCGGGCUGGCGACGGCUGGCUUCCGUACGUCCAAGUACAGGCCUGACGAGUGGCACAAGUCCAACUACGACAAGUACUACAAGGCCUUCGCCGACAGGGAUAUAGCCGAGAGACUCAGACAUGAGUCCAAACAGCUAGCCAACACGACAGAGGCCAUCACCCAGCGUACGCAGGCUGACGUCACCAAGAAGCUGGGCGAGCGUAUGCACGACAUCACCUUCUGGAAGUCGGAGCUGAACCGCGAAAUUGACGACGUGAUUGCGGAGACAGACCUUCUGUUGGCUCAGAAGAAGAGGUUGGAGAAUGCCCUGUAUGCCACCGAGAUCCCCUACAAGAUCUCCCUGGACAACCUGGAGAGCCGCGAGCGCAGACAGGGCGUGGACCUGGUCAGGGACGAACCCGAGGUCGAGCUGGUCAAGGAAGUGGAGAUCAUUAAGAGUGUGCAGGACCUGUUGAGAAGAACACUGGAGCAGACAAUCAACCAAAUCAGGAAUAACCGGGAUGCUAAGCAGAACCUGGAGAUGGACUGGAGUGACAAGAAGGAGGCUCUGGAGAUCGACGACAAGUGUGCCCGUCUGAACAACCAGUCCACAGACAUCGAGUACCACCCCAACACUGGGCAGUGGCAGGAGUUCUCCUCCACCCCGGAGACCUGGGCGCAGUACAGCCACGAUAACAUCGUGCGUGCGGAGCAGGAGAGGAUGGCGUCCAUCAACCUGCGCGCCCUGAUCGAUAACGUCAUCUCAGACACGUCCACCGACAUGCACGAACAGUGCAACACCGUGGACACUGCCAUGGCCAAGAGGCUGGAGGAACUCAACGAUGCCAAGGCCAAACUGGAGAACCAUCUACAGAAGACUCUACAGGAGAUUGCCUCUCAGGAGAAGAACAUCGCCAUGUUGAAGCAGGCCAUCGCAGACAAGCGGCCGCCCAUGCAGGUCGCUCAGACCCGCCUGCACCACCGCACCGCACGGCCCAACGUGGAGCUCUGCCGCGAUCCCGCUGCUGAAAGGCUGCUGACUGAGGUAACAGAGAUCACAGAGUCUAUCGAGGCUCUCCAGAGGAAGCUGGAGAAUGCCGAGGCCUCGCUGAAGGACCUGAUGGACACACGCAUGACGCUGGAGAAGGAGAUCGCCGUCAAGUCCAACAGCAUCUUCAUCGACAAGGAGAAGGUGUGCCAAGUCCGCACACGCUACCCCAGCAUGAUGAAACUCACUGGGUACCAGUAAACAGAACUUAGCAUCUCGUUGGCUCUGUGUGGAUACCGACAGAGCUGACUUAGACAGAAAGGAGCAUUAUGUUGGCUUUUUGUUGAUACAGAUGCUUCACAGGGGGACUUAAUGAAAGAAACAGAGAGAAAACAGUGGAAUCAUGUGAAUCAUUAUUAGACAUCACUGCUCUCUCAAACCCUAUGUAUGAAAUUGAUUAUGGAAAAUUUCUUUACAUUGGUACUGUAUGUAUAGAGACUUGCACAUUCCUUUCUCUUAAUAUAUAUAUAUAUAUAUAUCACAAGAGACCACUAAAGAAUUCAAAAGUAGAUCAUAGUCAUGGAUGGUUUUUCACCAGUUCUAUAGUUGUAAAACUCAAACCGAGUAGUUUAAAUGCAGCUUCUUCUAAAAGAUUUUUGGAAUUCUCUUGUGAACUUCAUAUAUUGUAUAUAUAAGAGGUGAUUUGAGAAAUAUGUUAUGGUAUGUUGAAUGCUGACAUUUUAUUGACAGUUUUGUGAUUUUGCUCAUGCAUAUACUGAUGUGUUAAGUAGUCUUAAUAAUUGUUUUCCAUGGCACUGGGCAAUGAAAUAAAUCAAUGUAGGCUACACAGCACAAUUUCACAGGAUUAAUGAUUUUUUAAGAAAUGUAAAUUUCUAUGGAAAUAAAUUCCAUUUGAGUGGAUCAUGUUGGAAUAUGAAGAAAAUCAUUAUCAGUAGAACAUCAUAAUCAUGAUUGUUACCAAUUAUAUGAAAAAAGUACAAUCCCGCACAGUAUUCACACAUGGUAAGAGACAUGGAAUUCUAUUAAAGUUUGUGUGAAAGACUGGAAUACAUGUGGAGAUAUUUGUGGGGGAUUUUGUUUGUCUUUGCUGUAUGAUAAUGCUGCUAUGUUUAUUUUUGU